GCUAACGAACAGCCUAUAAUGGUUCUCAACCUGCAUGAUUGGGCAGCAACUCUACUGUACGCAUGAUGGUUGAUCUGAUGGCACAAGGCCCACAUUCUGGGUUGUAAAUAUGUUUUUUUGUAUAUUCUGCGGGGGUGUUAAUCUGAAGGCUUUUAAGAUGUUAUUUCUUAUGAGGCAGCAUACAGCUGUAUAUGUCUUUGCAGUCCUGAAUCUUUCGUGUUUGACAAGCUGAAGAUAGCUUAACAUGGAAGCGCAUCGGUUUAAUGCAUAUUUGCAUGCAGAUCGCCCGUGGGCGGGUCGACGUUCUUAGGGUGUGGUGCGCAGGUAAUGCGUUCAUCCUGUAGACACUCGGGGAACAGGAACUGGCCAUAUUCCUGCCUUUUUUGCUUUCUUCCAAACAAGUUUCUCUGUGCUUCAUCGGCGUCUGUUUGUCUGACCUAAUGCUGUGGGAGCUAAAUCAUGGUGUGAACUGUUAUUUCUAUUUAGCAAUGCAGGCCCGCAUAGAGGGAAAUGAGACCAUCUGCGGUUAUUUUUUAAAAGAACGUGGCAUCAUAAACGUAAUUGCUGUUUACCGGCGCUCUUAGUUUUAAAAAUAAUGGUUUCUUUUUUCAUUCUUAUUUGAAUGUUGUGUGGACUGUUAUGUCUCCUAUAACAGCCAUUAAAGUUGGGUCGUCUUCUCUGUAAUAAUUUAUCGUGGACUCUGACUGUCCGUGGGGCUUAAAUGCGUGAAUAAAGGAAGGUUUUUGUUUGUUUGGAUUGUGUUGGUAACUUUGUGUGGUAGUUCAGUUUCGGGCUGACUCCUCCUUUCCCGACUCAUCUUACACACUCAUUCCCUCCCUCCCUCCUUGCUGAAAUACAUAAGCUGUAACUAACCAAAAUGCAGCCAGUCUAAUUCAGAAGCCAGAGGCUCAGGACUGAUUCAAGAGCGACUUUCCAAACCCAGGAGUACCGGCCAAUCAGCUCAGUCAGCUCUGAACAUUCAGGCAGCUCAUCCAUCCUGUUCAGGAGUUCCACUGCAAAGAGCUUGACACGCCUGGACAUUGCCUAAAUCUGCAAGGGCAAGUAUCUGUGACUCUCCUUUGAAGUCGGAAAUUUCUGGCAUUUUUUCGCACCUAUUAAGCCGAUCGCCAUGGAGACCCCCGGACAGAAGCGGCCUAGCCCCAACAUCAACUCGCCUCUGACCCCGAGCCGCAUCACGCGGCUGCAAGAGAAGGAGGACCUGUGCAACCUCAACGACCGGCUGGCCGUCUACAUCGACAAGAUGCGUUCCCUGGAGCUGGAGAACGCGGGGCUGCGCAUGCGUGUGUCCGAGUCGGAGACGGAGGUCGGCCGCCAGCUGUCCGGCGUGAAGGCGGUCUACGAGACCGAGCUGGCCGAUGCCCGCAUGUCGCUGGACUCGGUAGCCAAAGAACGCGCCCGGCUGCAGCUGGAGCUGGGCAAGGUGCAGGGCGACUACAUGGAGCUGAAGGCCAGGAACACCAAGAAAGAGUCGGACUUGGCAGCAGCGCUGGCCCGGCUGAAGGACCUGGAAGCCCUGCUCAACGCCAAGGAAGCUUCCUUGAGCACAGCCCUGGGGGAGAAGCGGAGCCUGGAGGCCGAAGUUCGUGACCUGAAGCCACAGCUGGCAAAGCUGGAGGGGAGCCUGAACGAUGCUAAGAAGCAGUUGCAGGGUGAAAUGCUGAUGAGGGUGAAUGCGGAGAACAAAAUGCAGACCCUCAAAGAGGAGCUGGAGUUCCAGAAGAAUAUCUACGGCGAGGAGCUCCGGGAGACCAAGAGGCGACACGAGAGUCGCAUGGUGGAAGUCGAUAACGGCCGGCAGCGCGACUACGAGAGCAAGUUGGCGCUGGCCCUGGUGGAGAUGCGGGAGCAGCACGAGGAGCAGCUGAAGAUGUACAAGUCAGAUAUUGAGAAGACGUACAACUCCAAGCUGGAGAACGCACGCCUCUCGGCCAACCGAAACACCCUCCUGGCGGGCUCGGCGCAUGAGGAGCUGCAGCAGACGCGCAUGCGGCUGGAGACCAUGUCUGGCCAGCUUAACCAGCUGCAGAAGCAGCUGGCAGCUAGUGAAGCCAAGGUUCGAGAGCUGGAGGAGGUUCUGUCCCUGGAGAGAGAUGCCAAACGGCGCCUCCUGGGGGAGAAGGAGCGCGAGAUGGCAAACAUGCGCCAGCGCAUGCAAGAACAGUUGGACGAGUACCAGGAGCUGCUGGACAUCAAGCUGGCUCUGGACAUGGAGAUCUGUGCCUACAGGAAGCUGCUGGAGGGCGAGGAGGAGAGGUUGCAACUAUCCCCAAGCCCUUCGCCAACGCAGGUCACUGUGACCCGCAGCUCUACUUCCCGUGUGGCCCACUCCGGCUCCGCCCACUCUGGCUCCGUCAAGUCUGGGACCGCCCACUCUGGCUCCGUCAAGUCUGGGACCGCCCACUCUGGCUCCGUCAAUAGCCAGAAAUCGGCCAAGAAACGCCGUCUGAACGACACGGACAGCGAGGCCUCCAGCACGGUGGGGGGCGCCAUAACACACACCCGCAUUUCCCAAAAGGCCUCUGCCAGCGGCCGCGUCACUGUGGACGAGGUGGACCUGGAGGGGAAGUAUGUGCGGCUGAGCAACAAGGCCGACCAGGAUCAGCCUCUAGGUAACUGGCUGGUGAAGAGGCAGGUGCACCGCCAAGCAGAUCAAAUCUACAAGUUCCCCUCCAAGUUCAUUCUGAAGGCUGGUGCGACCGUUACGAUUUGGACCGCUGGGUCUGGGACCAUCGACAAACCUCCUUCUGACCUGGUGUGGAAGGCCGAGAAUUCAUGGAAGACUGGAGACGAGUUCCAGACCAUCCUGUUGAGCUCCAGUGGGGAGGAGAUGGCGAUGAGAAUUGUCAGCCGGAGACUAGUGCAGGAUGACGACGGAGGCCAUGAUAUGGUAGCUCACAGCACUGCCGUUGAUAACGAGUACAACCUUCGCAGCCGUACUGUGGUCUGCACCUCGUGUGGCCAUUCAACUGACGGCCAUGCCACCCAUGGCUCCAACGUGGCCCGCUCCUUCCUCAGUGAGGGUGGGGGCCUUCCUGAGGGGCUGGUGCCCCGUUCCCUCGUGAUGGUGGGCAACAAUUCAGCCCGGCAGAGCGGCCCCAGAGCAGACAGCUGCUCCGUCAUGUGAGCACGCGGAAGGCCACUCUGCUGGUCCGGCUGCUGUGACCCUCGGCUCCGGAAGCUUUUUUCUCCAAAGAAACAUACCUGUUUUUUUUUUUGUCUGUUUUUUUAAUUUUUUCUUUUUCACGUAACGACAUUUUGUUUUUUGGUGGGGGGUAUAUAAGCUCUAGCCCCAGCUUUUUGUGUUACCACUUGCUUUGUUUAUUUUGAUUGGGGGGGGGGGGGGGCAUCAGACCUGUCUAGGCUGCUGCAGUCUGACCCACCGCUGGUCCACUUUUCCUUCUUGGCCGUCACCGUUGAACACGCACAGCUCACGAGCCCCCAGCAGGGAGCGUCAGACUGUGCCAGCCAAGCUCUCUCUGUGCCCCGCCGUCAUUAUUCCUGACGGGAUCUUCAGUUUGCAGUUAAUCUGUUAUUACAACUGGUUAUGAUAACCAGUAUGUUAGUCUGGUUAGAGGUGGCAGUGUGGCUGACGAGGGGUCGGAGGAGAGGCUGGACAGCCACAUUUGAGGGUCCCUGCUUUGUGAAUGCGCGUAUACAGCCCCUCAGAUCACCAGACCCUACCGGAGAGAGAACCUGCAAUUUUUGUUACUGCUCUGCUUGGGAUGGUCUGUGAGGGUUGAUUAGAAGAAAAGUUUUCAUAAGAUGUGAAAUUUUUUUUAAUUCAGAUUAGAUUUGAAAAUUUGAAAAUGCGAGCCUUCGUUACUCAUGAUGUGAUUUUUAUGUUUAUGAUAUUAGGGCAGCUGGUUGGGCUUUUUACACAAGGUUUGUUUUCUUUUAAGUUUUAUAGGAACUGAGCUCAGGAUUUUUUUUGUAUUAUUAUUUUGGAGUGUUUUGCUUUAUUAAGAAGCGGUCACAGGUUAUGAAGAAGUUACUUGGAUGUGCAGUGCGGCAGAAUGUUGGGUAGAUUGAAUUUUGCUGGACAUUACAGAGCAUAUGACGUGUUAAUGUGUGAUGUCAUCGUUUAUUUCCUGCAAAUUAAUGUGGAGCAACUGCCAGUUAUGCUAUCAAUGUUGAAAAAUAUUGUUUUUUUUAAUUAACUUAAUUGGGCUUCCUGCCAAUUAAAACUAAAUACCUGCUGUACUGCUAAAGGGACAGAAAUGGCUCACUGACCAUUUAACGAAUGGUGGCCUAAUUGUCAGAGUUACUUAAUUAUUUUAUGAAGCACUUGUUGAACUCUUGAUGUGCCUUAAAGUGUUUAAUUCCUAAGCAGCAGACCAAAGAUCAGGGUAACUCCAUAAACCAGUGAGCCCCAGUAACCAUGUCCUCAGCGCAGUGCCGUGUGACCCCCCCCAAAUGCCCCUUCGCUCCAGACUGCUCACUGCACUGAUACACUGUGACAUUUCGCAUCACUGGGCAUUUCGCUUGCAGCCCAGCCUCGUCACAGCGCUGCCCCUGUCCUCCUCUCUCCUUCUAAUGCGCCGCUGGGCUAUUCAGAAAAUGCCAGUCACUACUUACUCGCUCACUUGUAGGAAAGGUACGUGUGUGUCUGUGGGAAGGGGGGUGGGGGGUCGGGGGCUGUAUUUAGUACUGAAUUUUGUCUGAUUUUUAAUGCCCCCCCCCUCCCCCCAUAUCAUGCUAAAAAUGGUGCUUUUUAUUUUUUAUUUUUUUUGUAUUUACGCCUCUCAAAAAAAAUAUUUUCAACAAACAAUGGUGUUAUAACUCGUUACAAUAAAGUUGCAGAAAGUUAAUUUUUUCUGUAUUACUGUUUUAUAUGAAACUGCAGAUACCGCUCGGAAAACAAAUUACUAGAAAGAUAAACUGUCAGCCAAUAGCAGCAUCCCUGCUCUUUAGGGAAAAAAAAUGAAGACAAAAUUUAUUUUGGGUUGUCAGACACAGCUUGUUGUAAAAUGCUCCCUGAGGCUGAAAUUAGUCCCUGUCCUGUUUGCUGGGACAGUGUUCAGCUGCAAUCCCACCGUCGACCACAUGGGGCAGCAGAUCCCAGACUCACCUAAUUUCCUACGGUACUUGCGGUACAUUAAUACAAAAUUUAAGAUGGUAAAUGGACCUGUGUUUGUUAUGCAGCCCUGGUACUGGAGCAUAAUGGAAAUAUAGAUUAACGUUUGUGCAUUAAAUUAAGAGGAGACGUUUUUCUACCUAAAAAGAAAUUUGACCUGAAAACUCUGCACUUAUUGCAGGCGGCCUCUUGGCUACAUGCCAGAGUAAUGGAGAAUUCUGUAUUCCUGUUCGCAAGAAAAUGUUGUUACUGAUAUCUGUGAUUUUCUAAAUAAACCUCUUUCAUAAA